AUGCUGUGCCCUCCAUCUGGCCUGCUGUUUUGGCACCCUAAGUUCCUGCUCAUCCUUUGCGAUUCACCCUGAGUGACUUCUCUGAGAGGGCUUCACUGGCCUCUAGGUGUUUAUACCCCUCUGCUUCUUUAUGGAGGACCUUAUUCUGUGAUUUUCUGUGUUCCUGCUCGUCUCAGGAGCAGGGAUGUUCCUGAUCUAUCUCCGUAACCCCUGCACUUAAAACAGAAGAGGCUCGCUAUAAAUUCAGUAUUAAAUACCCCAAGGAUGAGCAGUGUUUAUGUGUGGGAUGGAGGUGUGGAGUGAGGACGCCGGACAAUUAGGCGAAGCCCAGGUGAGAGCACCAGAAAAACCAAGAACAAUGAGCCAGGGUUCGCAGCAGAAUUCCCUUGAGUGGACAACUACCGCACGGCAGAGAAAUGGACUACAGCUCCCAGAAGGCUGUGCGAUCACGUAGGCUGCCAGUUGCUCUCGUGAGAUUGUGUGCUAAUUAGAAUCAGCGCGAAGCGAAAGGCGCGGCAGAGAUACUGUGGUAUUUGGGGGUGUCCCUGAUCCUAAAUUCCGACAGAGCUAUGGAGCCCAGUUCUAGCAGGCUCCCAGGACUCGAAGCCACCAGACCUCACAUGGAACCAAGGGCCUCAUGUCCAGCUGAUGUACCCUUGGUAGAGAGACAGUUCCAUAUUCUUGUGGGUGUCACUGGGAGUGUUGCAGCCCUGAAGUUACCUCUUCUGGUGUCAAGGCUUUUGGACAUUCCUGGCCUGGAAGUAGCAGUGGUCACAACUGAAAGAGCCAAACAUUUCUACAGCCCCCAGGACAUUCCUGUCACCCUCUACAGCGAUGCUGAUGAAUGGGAGAUAUGGAAGUGCCGGUCUGACCCAGUUCUCCAUGUUGACCUUCGGAGGUGGGCAGACCUUAUGCUGGUGGCUCCUCUCGAUGCCAACACUUUGGGGAAGGUGGCCAGUGGCAUCUGUGACAAUUUGCUUACCUGUGUCAUCCGGGCCUGGGACCGCCGAAAGCCCCUGCUCUUCUGCCCAGCAAUGAACACUGCCAUGUGGGAGCACCCCAUUACCUUGCAGCAGGUGGACCAGCUCCAGGCCUUUGGCUAUAUCGAGAUCCCCUGUGUGGCCAAGAAGCUGGUGUGUGGAGACCAAGCCCUGCAUGGAACCCUGUCCUUUUGCCAGACUGGACAACCUUGAUGGAAUCCUGUUGCUUCUUGCCUUUGCACAUGCUGCUGCUUUUACUGGAAGGCCAUUCUUCACCUGGCUGACUCCUCCUCAAGCCUCUGAUGUGCCUGGGUGCCACCUACUUUGGAAAGCCUUCCCUGGCCUACUCAGGCUGGUGUCCAUUGUGCCCCCUCUCAUUUAUUAUAAUAGAAUUGCAAUGGUAUGUUUAUUUCGUGUCCCCCUAAGGUGGUUUGGUAGAAGGGAAGAGUAGUCCUGUUCCUCACAAAACCUGGUAAGUCGUUCCAAGCUUCUUGUAUUGACAAAAUAAAAAAAGGUGUGUGGGGUUGGGGGAGGGGGGUGGUCCUGCUUCUUUCUGAGCAAGACACAUAGCCUAGGAGCCAUAAAAGCAAAGACUGAUACAUUUGACUACAGAAAAAUAAUUCUGCCUAGCAAUAGCCAAAGGCAAGGUCAAAAGACAAACAACAAACUGGGGAAAUAAUCUGUAGCUGAAAGAACAAAUAUCUAAUUUCCCUAAUACAUAAAGAGCGCCUGUGCAUUAAUUAGGAAAGGACCAGGAAAACAAAAGAAAAGUGAGCACAGACACACACACACCUUUAAACAUAAAAAGCUACUCAGCUACAUUGAUGAGGAAAGUGCUGCAAAUCCAACUAUGCUGAAAUGAAAGUUUUCACCUAUUAGGUAGCAACAGGGUUGCCCUUCGGAGAGCAAUCUAAAAAUAUCUUUCAAAAUCACAUAUAUACCUUACCCAGCAAUUCUAGGGAUUUGUCACAUAGAGACGCUCAUAUAUAUGACAUUAUGUCUCAACCAGGCUAUUCACUGCAGCAUUGUUGAUGGCAUUAAAAGACUGGAAACACCUUCACUAUAUAACACCUGGAGAUUGCUUAAAUAAAUUUGAGUCAUUCCUACACUGGAACUCUACACCGCCACAAUGCAAAGUGUGGGAAAGCUCCCCAGGUGCUAGUAUUGGACGAUGUCUGAGAUACAUUGAUUAAAAGAAAAUGCAAGAUACCCAACAAUGUAUUCCGUGCUAGCUGUGUAUAAAAAAGUGAGGAAGAGGAGAGUAUGCUUAUCUUGGCUUAUGUGUAUAUCAAAUACCUACUGAAAAGUAAGCAAGAAACCAGCCAUUGUUUGCUGCUCAGCAGGGGAACUGUGUAGUUGAGAAACAAAGGUCUGAGGCUGACUUCAUUUUAAGUUUUGAGCUUGGAGUUAAUGCAAAACACUUGUCAGGGACAUCUGGAUAUUUCCAUUAAGGCCUUUGGAGUAGACAAUCGCCUGUUUUUCUUGUCAUGAGCUAAUAGAAGAAGAUGGUUUUUGAGGACCCUUGCAUGCUUCUUAUAAAGCCUUUGAGCUCCCUGGUCUCAAAGAGCUUAUAGUCUUAUGGGACUAUAGUCUUAAGGUUUCAAAAUAAUCAAAGGACAGUGAAAAUCAAAAGUGAGAUUGUGUGGUACAAAAUUUAACUGUUGUGGCUCAGAAUCGAGAGGUAGUCAGGGUGGCCUUUUGAAGGUGUCAGAACUCAGGUGGGUGCUUCCUUGAGGACCAGUGCAGCUAAAGUAGUUAGGAAGAGAGCAGACGUGCUGCCAUGAUGCGGGUGUCCCAGUGCAGACUGGGACUCCACGUACUAGGGAAGCACGGUGCUUGCCGAGUGUGGUAAAGAUCAGCGGUAAGGUUUGUGGGACAGGUUGGAAAAUUGAGAAGCUGGAGUAAGCUCGGAAGCUAGAUGCUAAGCCAGGACACCAGGCUGUGCUGAGGCCUUGGCCACACCCAUGGGUCUGGAAAGGGAGGUGGUGCAAAAGUGAGUGACAAUGUGAAGGAAAAUCAGCAUGAUUAGGAGAUGUAAAUGUAAAAUGUUCUUGUGGCUUGUAGAGGAGGGGGAACUUCAUGACAAUUGUGUGCGUUUUUGGCAAGAUGAUUUACAGUCCCCAGUGUCACCCACUAAAAAGAAUUGUGCUUUGCUUACCACAGUUUUUUUCUCUCAGGAUUGUUCAAUCUGCCCUCAUGGGUCCUGGGCAUUUUGUAGUGUAGAAUUAGAAAAAGGUGAUUGACGUACAGAACUGAGAAGAUGGGAAGAGGAAAGGAGCCCUACUUUGGGGCUGUUCUUUGCUGUGGCAAAUUCAAGUAAUGGGUAAAGGGGGCGGG